GUCGUCGGUCGUUGUUCACAACGCACAGUGUCUGUCUGUCAGUGUCAGUUUUUGUCGGAUGAAAAAUAGGAGCGAAUAACCAACCAGUCCAGCAACAGUCGAGUGGUGUGUGUCGUAAAAUUCGUGUGCUGAUUUGAAAUUAUUUUACGUGGAAAAUUUGGCACUUUACGCGUCUCGGAAACGUCGCGAAAGUCGGUGGAACGUAUCGGCCAGGAAGUGCGUUUGUUGGACGAACCGGGAGUUGGCUGGAAUUUGUGCGUUUUUUUCCAUUCGAUUCCGGAGGGUCGGGGAGUAAAUUGGUUCGUUUCUCUCGUGUUGGUGGUUGUAUCGCUGCGCUGCUGGUUGGCUGACUGGCUGGUGUCAGGAAAAAGGAAGAAGGAAGUGCUGUGCGGGUGGCAAGUGCGGAGCGGAAACCUCAAUGACGAGACUCGGCUGAUGUGAAGAAGACUACAACAGCAGCGGAGCGGGCGGUUGAUGACGGUGAUGAUGAUUGUGAUCGAGCAGCAGCACCAGCAACAAAUAUAGCAACUGUUUUCUGAUGAAAAGUAAUGGACGAAACUCGGUGAUCAUUUUGAUGCGGCGUGAUAAUUGUGUUAGUGGAGUUUUUCUCGAUCUCGCUGGUGCUUGUUAAUUGGUUCAGAGAGCAGCUACUGGAAAAAAUAGUAGCCAAGCGAGAAAAAGUUGUACAAUCCGAAUAUAAUACGCGAAAGAGAAGAAAAAAGGUGUUUACUAGGUGUGAUUAGAAUUCGCAUAUAUUUUUCGUUGUUUGUGUGUCGGAACGAAGAAAUCACUCUUGAAGAAAAUGAAUGAAAUCGAAGCUCUUCGAGUUGAGGCGGAGCAGCUGAAAAAUGCCAUUCGAGAUGCACGGAAAGCAGCUUGUGACACAUCGAUCCUGCAGGCCACCAGCCAUCUGGAGGCCGUUGGGCGGAUUCAGCUUAGAACCAGGCGAACCUUGCGAGGUCAUUUGGCCAAAAUCUAUGCUAUGCACUGGGGUAGCGACUCCCGGUACCUAGUGUCUGCAUCACAAGACGGAAAGCUAAUAGUAUGGGAUUCACACACCACCAACAAGGUUCAUGCAAUUCCACUCAGAUCGUCGUGGGUUAUGACGUGUGCAUAUGCUCCAUCCGGGAAUUACGUUGCCUGCGGUGGCCUGGAUAACAUCUGUUCCAUCUACAAUCUCAAAACUCGCGAGGGUAACGUACGAAUUGCUCGGGAAUUGGGAGGCCACACGGGUUACCUAUCCUGCUGCCGAUUCUUGGAUGAUAAUCAGAUUGUAACCAGCUCGGGUGAUAUGUCUUGCGCCCUGUGGGACAUCGAAACCGGUCAACAGUCCACGUCCUUCCAAGGUCACACCGGUGACGUGAUGGCCCUUUCGCUAGCGCCCCAAAAUAAGACAUUCGUUUCCGGAGCCUGUGAUGCUACUGCCAAACUGUGGGACGUUCGUGAAGGCCAAUGCAAGCAGACAUUCCCUGGACACGAGAGCGACAUCAAUGCCGUUGCCUUCUUCCCGAGCGGUCAAGCUUUUGCCACCGGUUCCGAUGAUGCCACCUGCCGUUUGUUCGACAUCCGUGCAGACCAGGAACUGGCCAUGUACUCGCACGAUAACAUCAUCUGCGGCAUAACGUCGGUAGCAUUCUCCAAAUCCGGUCGACUACUGCUGGCCGGGUACGAUGACUUCAACUGCAACGUGUGGGACACGAUGAAGGCCGAACGAGCCGGUAUCCUGGCCGGCCACGAUAACCGCGUAUCCUGCUUAGGGGUCACCGAUAAUGGCAUGGCCGUGGCGACCGGCUCGUGGGAUUCUUUCCUGCGCGUGUGGAACUAGGAACGGAAACGACGGCACCUGGAAGGGAAGGAUGAGCGCACAACACAAAUCCACCAGAAACCAACAGCAAGCAGCAAUCAGCAACA